AUGGGGGAAGAACCGUUGAAAUAUCAGCAUCAUCCUUCAUUCAUUCGAUUGUUUGAACAAGAAAUGACCAUUAUGAUUGAGGAAAGACCGGGAUUCUUGAAUGAAAUUGUCGACAGAUUGGGUAAGCACACCACAUUUUGUCUUAAGAGGAAAUGAUUGUAUAUUUGUGAGUUUAUAAUUUAGAUUCCGAGUUUAAGAAGAAAAUGGAGAAGGCAAGAAAUCCUAAAAGAGAUGUUAUGCAUGCUAUGAUGUACUGUUCAUCUCCAGAACGCGAUGAACUGUAUGUUUGGAUGCAAAGAGAACUUUUAAGACGUAAGAAUAAUUUUUAUAUUAUGCAUUGGACUAUUUAGAUUACCGUAACGAUGACUUUAUACGAGAAAUGCUGGAAACUCGCCCCGAAGAAGCGGAAUUUGAUCUGUUCUUCGACGACGACUUCAAGUUGGAUUUUGUGGCCGCAUGUCUCGAUCCAAUCGACUGGGCCAAGCAAGCGGAAUGUCUUCAAGUCGAUGCGUAUAAGGACAUCUUGAACAGAACCAAUGGUGUUUAUGAUCACAUCAAACAUAACAAGGAACAUUUAAGUACGGCACGACAAGAGAGAAAGAAAUUGUCUUGGGGAUGUUACAGGCUGACGGCCAAUUACAUUAUCAGAUCCAUGAUGUAUUCCAAACCUGGAGAAGUUAAUAACAGGGAGAGGAAUUGGUUCUGGGACUUCAUCUAUAUUAUCUAUCAAAGUGGAGUUGGAAACAGGACUAUCUUGCCGUUCAUUGCCCCCGAUAUUAUUCAGAGAAUGGGUAAGGGGCUUGGGUUUUGGUAUUUGAUGUUGUUUUAUUCUCCAAGGUCGAACCUAUUUUGUGGAUUUUAUAUUGAUUUAUAUUGUUUUAGACGAGUACAUUAGCCGAAUUACGGCUCGAGUCGACGAUUUUGCAAUCGCAAAUGAAGAGGAUAUGAUCAAAGAGAACGAAAUUGUCUAUGAGUUCCGACCGCAAAAGAGUUACCAACCGGAAAUGGAAUUCUUGAGACAAGAUGACGAUGAUGUUGAUAGUGAUCUCAAACUCCGAGGAUACCAGCUGGAGUUGGCAAAACCCGCCAAUAAUGGGGAAAAUUGCGUGGUUUGUGCUCCCACUGGCGCUGGAAAGACAAUUGUGGCCAUAGAUGUCAUCAAAAAUCAUCUUCAAAAAUUCGAAUUUGAUUCUUUUGGAAUGGAGCAGGAGAAAACCAGAGCCGUAUUUAUUGUUCCCACAGUGCCGUUGGUGAAUCAGCAGAUGAAGUCGCUCCGAAUUUAUCUUAAGCACAAAUGGGUCAUCAACGGAUUCUAUGGCGGCGAUAGAUACGACGGUGCCACCAGUAGAUUCCAAGCCAUCCUGAGAUCUCACGUCAUCGUUAUCACUCCACAAUUGCUACUCAACAUGUUCAAAAGUAUUCUGAAGACUGAGAGAUUGUUUGUCUCCGACUUUUCGUUGGUCAUAUUCGAUGAGUGCCAUCAUUGCACGGCAAACCAUCCAUACAAAAGUAAAUUUUUAUUUCUUUUGAUGAUUUUUGGAUUAGGGUUUUGAUUUUUUUCGUAGUUUUGAUUAAAAUAGUGAUGAAACAAUUUGACUUUAGUGAUCAUGGAGUAUCUGACCAGUUCGCCUUCUCCAUUGAAACCUCAGAUUGUUGGUCUGACAGCCUCUUUGGGAAUCGGUGGAAACGAUGCAAGGGAUAAGGAGAGCGCCGCUGAACACAUCUUGAAGAUGUGUGUGGCAAUGACUGCUACAAGCCUGAGCACGGUCAAGAAUCCAGACAAUCUACAGGAGCUUCGUAGCCAUGUUUCUCCACCAGUUGAUGGUGAGGCCAAAAAAUUAAAUAUUUAGAUUGUAGUUAUGGUAAAUGAAUAACUAAGUUUGAAUUUUAGAGGUCAUUAAAUGCCGCAGACCCAGCAAUGAUCCCUUCAGAAGCACUGUUGCUGAAGUUUUGUUAUAUUUUUUCAAUCGAUUGGAGCCGGUCCUCAAAAAAUAUGCAAAUUUGAUGAGAGAAAAAGACGAAAAGGUCUAUAAUAAACUGAAGAACUUGACGUUUAAUCGUCAGAGCUCCAUGGGAUGGGAAAGGAAUUUGGAUCUGAUCAGAGAGAGCUUUGCGACCUCCGAAGACAAUGAGAAAAUGGUUUACGUGAACACGAUGAUCGACCACAUGAAGCUGUACAUGUUCUCCUUGAAGAUGAAUGAUCUUCUCCCUGCAUUCUACGCAUAUAAUUAUUUGAAUCAGGAAAUGGCCAGGCUUGUGAACAACACAUCAGAACAUAACAGAGAAUUUUUGCAGCUUUUCAUGGGUAUGUUGAUGUCUUUUCGUCUUUAGGAAGAUGAUUUCCAAGAAUAAUAAAAAAUUUAGAGAAAAGAGAGAAAUUGAAGUCGAUUGCCUACUCGGACAGCGGACAAGGAAAGGAAAUUGUCGCCAAGUUGGUUGAGAUCCUCGAAGCUGCGUACACGGAGAAUCCAACCACUCAGUGCUUGAUUUUCUUGGACCGAAGAUCAACUACUCAAACUCUGGUCGAAUUUAUAUUGAGAUCCAAGAGAAUUGGCCGACUUAUGGGUGGAUCCAAAGACUUUGCAAGACAUCUCACGUCCAGCAAUCAGUCCGCAAAGAAUGGAGGAAUGAGCUCGGCCGAGCAGAAAAAUAUCAUCAGAAAUUUUGAUAGGGGUAGGUGGGAUGGGAGGGGUACGGCAGUUUUAAUCUUUCAAACGUGCACGGUUUAACGUCCGAUUUAAGGCAUUAUCAGGAUCCUGGCGGUAACCUCAGUCGUGGAAGAAGGUCUGGACAUUGCGGCUUGUAAUUUGAUCAUCAAAUAUAACAGCACGGGGUCUGAGAGAACAAUGAUCCAAAGAAGAGGACGUGCUCGUGCCAAAGAGUCAAAAGCAAUCCUGUUAGCUCUAGAUGAGGAUGUCGAAGCGAGAGAGAUCAACAACAUGAUGAAGGAAGAACUUUUGAAUAAGGUUAUUUCGGAACUUCAGGUGAGGCCAUGGAUAAUAUAAAAAAUUUUAUUUUUUUUGUUCACUUUGGCUAAUAUGUUUUGAAAUGUAAUGUAAAUUUAGAACAAGGGAGACGUUGCACUGAAAAGAAGUAUCAUGGAGAAAGAAGCAAGAAUAAAACAGAGAUUGAAAGAUGAAGAAGAUGAAAAGAGAAGACAUAGAGAUCAAUUGGCCGAAAAGAAGUACAAAAUCCGAUGUAACAAUUGCCGAGCGGACAUUUCGGAUACCACUAAGAUCCGUCUCGUCCUGGGAACGUAUUAUGUUGCAGUGAAUAGCGAUAUCUGGACGAGAAUCAGGAUCAGUGACGAGGAUGCAACUGCUGUAAGUUGAUCAAUUUUUGGAGUUUCGAUGAUCAUUUUUGGCGUUGGCAGUAAUUGUGGAUGUUUGUUGUAGAAGGACGCGUAUGUAAUCAAAUGCGGAACCGCGAUCUGUGCCAAAGAAGGCUGUGGCCAUCGCGUCGGGGAGAUCGUCAACUUUGCCGGCGCUUAUUAUCCAGCUUUGAAGAGCGCGCAGUUGAACUUUGAAGAGGAAAAGAAAUAUGGAGAGCCGGAUGUGAGAAUGAACCAGCAAUGGACCAGAUUGACAGACAAUUUCAAUGUCACCGACCUCUCUUACAAAGAUCAGGCAAGUAUAACACAGUGUAUGGCAUAAAGUUUAAUUUUUUGGGCUGAACAGACGUUAAAUGAGCGUGUUAUAGAUUGAAAUGGUCAAUUCCCUGCGAGGUCACUUCAAGACUUUCCAACUUUUGAAAGAAAAUGAAGCUGUGGCCAUCCAAAAGCAAAGAGAAGCCAUGAAAAGGAAGAGGGAAAGGAAAAUGCGGCAAGGAAACUGGUAUGACGACGUUGAUCGCGAGUACUGA